GGUUGAUGAUGUCAUCAGUCCUGGCCGUAGUCUCUCUCCUCCUCCUGCAGACUGGGGUCCAAGGGUUCCUGGUUCUCUUCGCAGGCAGCUCCAUGGACCACCUGGAGAUCACUAGGGAAGCCAUCUUACAGACCGCAGCUCCAUGGACCACCUGGAGAUCACUAGGGAAGCCAUCUUACAGACCGCAGCUCCAUGGACCACCUGGAGAUCACUAGGGAAGCCAUCUUACAGACCGCAGCUCCAUGGACCACCUGGAGAUCACUAGGGAAGCCAUCUUACAGACCACGGCACAGGUGUGCAAGCAACUGGCCUCUGUUGAGGGAAGAGACUUCACUCUGCCGCCCGGACCCCUGACUGCAGAGGCUCUGGCUCUAGCCUGCUCCUCAUCGGGGUCUGCUAAGAGUUUCCAGAGUGCCAUAUCAGACGUCACCUGGAGAAAUGGCGGAGUUGACUUCCGUCACCUGUUCAAUGAAGAGUACCACUUUGAUGGGGAGAGGUUCGUGGAGGGGCGGAAACUCAUCACAGAUGGCUUGACCUCUGUCAAAGCCAGCGUCAAGCGAGGGAACUUUGAGGCAGCAAGACAGACGCUGGGAGACAUUUUACACACCUUACAGGACUUCUACAGUCACAGUAACUGGAUAGAACUGGGCAACAGAUUUCCCCAUCCCGAUCUCAUCAGAUCAGACGUGUUGGACAUCGGCCGAGUUGCAGGUAUUGCGAGGGCGUGCGUCUGGGUGUGUGUUAAAGAGGGGGAGUAA